AUUAUAAGUGAUAUGCUCUGUUUUCGGUGAAAAAUAAAAAAAUCAAAUUCAAAAAAGGGUAAGGGGAGGGUGAAGUAAGCAUCAGAUUAUAGAUAUUUAGUAAUCUUCUUGAUCUCUUUCUAUUUAUUGCUUUAAAAAGGGUAUCCCCGUUUCAUGGCAUGACCCUUGUAGCAUUUCUUGUAUUUAUAUAUAAAGAGAGUGGAAUUGUGCUGAGGAAUCAGAUACACGUGAGGGAAAAAAAGUGCUAUUCUUCUUUCUCUUUCCUUGUUUUGGUUAUAUUCAUUCAAGGAGAAAGGUGAGUCCUCUAAGAAAAAAGGUUUAGUUGGAAAUCAGCUAUGAGGAAAGGAAGAGCUCCAUGUUGUGAUAAGGACAAAGUAAAGAGAGGUCCAUGGAGUCCUGCAGAGGACUUGAGGCUUAUCACUUUUAUUCAGAAACAUGGACAUUCAAACUGGAGGGCUCUCCCAAAACAAGCUGGGCUACUGAGAUGUGGAAAGAGUUGCCGUUUAAGAUGGAUUAAUUACCUAAGGCCGGAUGUCAAGCGAGGGAACUUCACCAAAGAGGAAGAAGAGACUAUAAUAAGGUUGCAUGAGACUCUGGGAAACAAGUGGUCUAAAAUUGCAUCUCAUUUAGAAGGAAGAACAGACAAUGAGAUAAAGAAUGUAUGGAACACCCAUUUGAAAAAGAGAUUGGCUUCGAAGAAAGGAAAUAUUCCUCAAAAAGAUGAAUCCAAGGAAUCUUCAAUGACCUCAUCAUCAUCAUGUUCGUCUAUCACAUUUGUGUCAUCAUCAAGUGGCAAAAGAAAUUUAGAAGUUGAACUUGAGCAACAAUGGGAUGAAAGAUCUAUGACCAAAAAUCCCACAGAGGCAUUUGCUAUAGCAGUGUCAGACGUAGCACAGGGCUUCAAAACCGAGCUAUCAAACCAUAGCAGCAGCCCGUCAGAGGAGCCAAAAGAAUUGUCAAGUUGUUCAAUCUCUUCCAACAACACCAAUUCCAGUCAGGCUGAUGUUUCAAACCAGGACGAUCAAGCAGGUUCACUAUUCAACUUCAAAGGAUUUUAUGAUGCUAAAAACACAUCAGAGGAGGUGAACAAACCAGAUCAGAUCUCAGAUACCGUCUUUGAUAUCCCAUUGGAGUCUGAUUUGGACUUUUGGAAUAUGUUGGAUAGCUUAGGAUCAUUCCAGUCUGAUGGAAUUCAAUCACAUGAAGUUGAGGGAACCCAGAGCUCAAAUUUUGGAGAAGAGUACAGCAAAGAAGCUGAAAAUAACAACUGGCUGCUUUACUUGGAAAAUGAAACCAAAAAUGAAAACCAGAAGAAAUUGUCAAAGGAUGCUGCUGAGCCACUAGUCCCUGAGAUGUACGACAUGGUGCUGGAGCCAGAAGAUGAAAUGGGCAUGGGUCAUUAUCACAUCUGGUCCUCUUCAUAACACAGUUCUGCCAUCUAAAUCAAAUUCAAUCGAUUAGUUCUUAGGGGUGGCGUCUUCUGUUUCUAUUAAUUUGACUAUACAUUGUUAUAUAUUUAGUUAAUUGGGUCUUAUUAGAUGUAUGAUGAAUAAAUUAAAAAUAUUCAUCUGAUCUUUGAUUCAUCAUUCCAUUGUAGAAUGAAUCAAACCCAAAAUUUUCUUCAUCGCAAGCAAAUUAACUUACAACAUUUGUAAGUGGGUAGGUGCAUGAUGUUAUCCACUUGCUCUCUCUGUCAGUUUUUACCAAUACAGUGCCUGUCCCUUUCUAUAUAAAUUUUAAC